AUGCCGGCGGCCAACGCGAUGGAGAGCCCGCAGCCGCCCGCCCUGCAGGUGCCCGAGCCGCGGGGCGCGCCCGAGGGCGGCCCGGCCUGGUCCAGCUCCUCCACCCCGACCCUGCGCCGCCGGCGCCUCCAGAUGCGCCGGACGCGGAACGUGCGCGAGCCGAGCCUGGAGGCCGCGCUGGCGCCCGACCUGCCCGGCGCCCUGGGCCCCGGCAAGGAGUUCCUGCAGCUGCCCUCCAUCGAGAUCACGCCCUCCAGCGACGAGGACACCCCGUGGUCCAACUGCUCCACGCCCAGCGCCUCGCCGCGCCGCAAGCGCUUCCUCCUCCGCAAGUGGCUGCGGGUGCGGGAGCGGAAGGAGUGCAGUGAGAGCAGCAGCCAGCAGAGCAGCCAGCAGAGCAGCCACGACGAUGAUUCCAGCAGGUUCCUGAGUCCUCGAGGCCGAGAGGAAAGCACGGCCAGUAACUCCAACCGCAGCACGCCGGCCUGCUCCCCCAUUCUCCGGAAGCGGUCCCGCUCGCCCACCCCUCAGAACCAGGACGGAGACACGAUGGUGGAGAAGGGUUCGGACCACUCCUCGGACAAGUCCCCGUCCACCCCCGAGCAAGGCGUGCAACGCAGCUGCUCCUCCCAGUCCGGCCGGAGUGGGGGCAAAAAUUCCAAGAAAAGCCAGAGCUGGUACAAUGUAUUAAGCCCCACUUACAAGCAGAGAAAUGAAGACUUCCGAAAGCUCUUUAAGCAACUUCCAGACACGGAGCGCCUCAUUGUCGACUACUCGUGCGCACUCCAAAGAGACAUCCUUCUCCAGGGCCGACUCUACCUCUCCGAAAACUGGAUCUGCUUCUACAGCAACAUCUUCCGCUGGGAAACUCUGCUGACAGUCCGUUUGAAAGACGUCUGCUCCAUGACGAAAGAGAAGACAGCCCGCCUCAUUCCCAAUGCCAUCCAAGUCUGCACAGAUUCAGAAAAGCACUUUUUCACUUCGUUUGGAGCCCGGGAUCGGACGUACAUGAUGAUGUUCCGGCUCUGGCAGAAUGCGCUCCUUGAAAAGCCCCUGUGCCCCAAGGAGCUCUGGCACUUUGUCCACCAGUGCUACGGGAAUGAGCUGGGCCUGACCAGCGACGACGAGGACUACGUGCCCCCGGACGACGACUUCAACACCAUGGGAUACUGUGAGGAGAUCCCCGUGGAGGAGAACGAAGUGAACGACAGCUCCUCUAAAAGCAGCAUAGAAACCAAACCCGAUGCCAGCCCUCAGCUGCCCAAGAAGUCCGUCACCAACAGCACGCUUACCUCUACAGGGAGCAGCGAGGCCCCUGUCUCGUUUGACGGCCUGGCGCUGGAGGAGGAGGGGCUGGAGGGCGACGGGUCCCUGGAGAAGGAGCUUGCCCUGGACAACAUCAUAGGGGAGAAGAUGGAGAUCCUCGCGCCCGUCACCUCCCCCUCCCUGGACUUCAACGACAACGAGGACAUCCCCACCGAGCUCAGCGAUUCCUCAGACACCCACGAUGAAGGGGAGGUCCAGGCCUUCUACGAGGACCUGAGCGGCCGCCAGUACGUGAACGAGGUCUUCAACUUCAGCGUGGACAAACUCUAUGACCUGCUCUUCACCAAUUCGCCCUUCCUGCGGGACUUCAUGGAGCAGCGGCGUUUCUCCGACAUCAUCUUCCACCCGUGGAAGAAGGAAGAGAAUGGAAACCAGAGCCGAAUGGUUCUCUACACCAUCACCCUUACCAAUCCGCUGGCUCCCAAAACUGCCACUGUCAGGGAGACGCAGACCAUGUACAAGGCAAGCCAGGAGAGCGAAUGCUACGUGAUCGACGCCGAAGUCCUCACCCACGACGUGCCCUACCAUGACUACUUCUACACCAUCAACCGCUACACGCUCACACGCGUGGCCCGAAACAAGAGUCGACUCAGGGUCUCCACAGAGCUGCGGUAUCGAAAGCAGCCCUGGAAAACCUUCAUCGAGAAGAACUUCUGGAGUGGGCUGGAGGACUACUUCCGCCAUUUAGAGAGCGAGCUGACCAAAACCGAGAGCACCUACCUGGCCGAGAUGCACCGGCAGUCCCCCAAGGAGAAGAGCAGCAAGACGCCCGCCGUGCGCAGGCGGAAGCGGCCCCACGCCCACCUGCGGGUGCCCCACCUGGAGGAGGCCAUGAGCCCCGUCACCACGCCCACCGAUGAAGACGUGGGCCACAGGACCAAGCACGUGGCAGGUUCCACGCAGACGCGGCACACCCCCGAGGACACCCCCAAUGGUUUCCACCUGCAGAGCGUGUCCAAGCUGCUGCUGGUUAUCAGCUGUGUCCUGGUGCUGCUGGUCAUCCUCAACACGAUGCUCUUCUACAAGCUGUGGAUGCUGGAGUACACCACCCAGACCCUCACCGCCUGGCAGGGGCUCCGGCUCCAGGAGAGGGGUCUGGGAACACAGGACGGUCCGCUGAGCAUAACUCCAGCUGCCGGGGCGCCCCCUCUACCCCACAGGUUACCCCAGUCGCAGACAGAGUGGGCCCAGCUCUUAGAGUCUCAACAAAAGUACCACGACUCUGAGCUCCAAAAGUGGAGAGAGAUUAUCAAAUCCUCUGUGAUACUCCUUGACCAGAUGAAGGACUCGCUCAUCAAUCUGCAGAACGGCAUCCGUUCCCGGGGCUACACGUCCGACAGCGACGAGAAGCGGAGCCAUUACCACUGACAAGGCAGGAGAGGGCAGCUGCAGAGACCUGUGCAAUACGUGUACAUAGACCCUAUAAAUAUAUAUAUAUAUAAAUAUAUAUAUAUGCAGAAUAUAAUAUAUAUAUAUAUUAUAUACAGAUUUUAAAGAGAUCAUACCUAUGUACCAGGGAGAAGGCGCGGCCCCCACCCCACCCACCCCCCUGUCCAGCCGGAGCACUGGAGGGCUGAGGACAGGGACCACCUCUUAGCACCCCCCCCCCCCAUCCUCCUCCUCCCUCCCUUUCUCACCGUUCCCUUGCUGGCCACUCUUGGCUCUUGGAAGGGAAGUGUUGCUGAGCCAAAGUCAGGCCUGUGAAGACCCGCGGUCUCGAGAGAAGUCUCGAGGGGGCAUUGCUUAAGGUGCUUCAUUCCCUGAUCCCUUUUUGAUUUGUUUCCAAAUAAAAGACAACCUGUUCUUCCCCA